AUGGACGUUACAGAUACAUCCUUUGAAGAAAUCGAACCGUCAUUUCUAAGGGAAACUGAUCAUAUCGAUCCAUUCUCACAAAAUAAUGAGCCUAAAAGGAGUAAGACUAAUAAGAUAAGACCAGAAGCACUUCAGUCGAGGCCGUAUACUUUACAAGGGUUACUAGCAGCCCCAUUGUCAACAGCAAGUUCAGGCAAGACAGCAUUUUCAGAUGAUAUAAAAACCCAACCUUCGUGGUUAGAUGAUACUGACCGCCGAAAUAGUAAACUAGGAUUCGAAACAACUGAUGAAGAAGAAGAAGAAGAAGAAGAGGAUGAAGAGUUUUUAGAUGAUUUCGAGGAAUUUCGAAAUAAGAAGACUGACUUCGACGAAGCAAUAAAGACACGCUUUGGGACAUUCUCAAGACACUCCCCUGAUAAUUUACACCAUUUAAGUGAAGAAUUUAAUAAUUAUUUAAAUUUAGGGUCGACCAGCAAACCACAAGAAAGCCAACAUGCAAGUAAUACAUUAAGACAGCCAAAAUCAAUGAUGGAUCUGAAACCUAGAAUUGGAUUUCAAUAUGAAAAGAUGAAAAAUAAUUCGAGAGAAUCUAGACUAAAAAAUAGUAUAUCAUAUGGUAAUUUGCGCAAUUCAUCAAGAAAUCCAAUAUCAGUAAGGUUUAAAAAAUCAAUGCCAAAUAUGGUAUCUAAUAUUAUAGAAGAAGAUCAUGAUUCUGGUGAGGAAAAUAACGAUUCAGUAAUAAAGAGAAGGAAUCCAUCAGAUUAUUAUUUAAGUAAAUUUGGGGAGGAUCGUGAACAUCCAGAUGAUAACGACUUUAUAUUUGAUUCUAGCAUGAUCCAACCAAACUUUGUUCCAAAACAUACUAGGGGUAACUUACCGAUGAAGCUAUCACCAUCAAUAUACAAUAUCGAACAACACAACAAUCUUUUGACCCCUCAGUUACAUAAAAGAACAAACAGAAACCGCUCAAAUUUUGAUCAAUUAGAAAAUUUCAGAGAAAGUAAUACUUCUACUAGUUCCCGUAUACCCUCAGGAAAUCUGAAUUUAAAUCAACGAGCUGCUACAUAUAGAAUGAGAACGAUUAAACAACAAAUCGAUCAUAAUACCCCAGUCAAAAAAGGAGAUAUGUAUUAUAACCCACAAAGUAUGAAAUGGGAAGGUAAUGAACACAUAUUGAAAAAAUUUGAUGAAAUUGAUUCUAGCUCUACAAACCCAUUAUUAAUAAAAAAGAAUAAGACUGAUCUAGAAAAAAUUGAAAAUUCAAAGAUUCGGAGCAAAUCUUCUAGACCUCCUGAAGUAGUUGGUGAUAUGAUGUUUGACGAAAAGAAUCUUAGAUGGGUAAGUAUCCAUGAGGAACCACCAGAUCCAUUUGCGGGUAUAGAUGAUAUCGUCCAGGGACAAGAUACGGACAUGUCUAAAUCGCCGUUCUUAAGAUCAAAAAGCCAAACAAAAUCCGACAUACUAUCUAGGUCUCUAGCAGUCAAUCCAAAUCUUAGAAAGUAUCACUCAUUCGGUGGAAUUGGUAACAAAUACAAAACUAAAAGUAAUUAUGCCUCAGAAGAAAAUAGAAAUACAUCAGAUAAACUUAUGUCUACAUAUACCAUCGGUUCCAAGUUACUGGAACAUAGUUAUCACGAAGAGAAUAGAUGGAACAAGAAGGUAGGUGCGUGGUUCCUAUUGAAUAAUAAAUUUAAUACAACUGGAAAUGAAGGCGAUGAUCACCUCAACAAUGUAUCCGUUGCAUCAAUGGAUACCAAUGACUAUAUGUACGAAAUAAGGAAAAUGGUACUAAAUUCUACCAAUAAUUGA